GUCUGCUACACCGUGCGUUUUCGGUAUUUCUUUUCAACUCUGAAAACAAGCUCCUACUCCAGCAACGUUCUUUGGACAAAAUCACAUUUCCCGGUCUCUGGACGAAUUCCUGCUGCUCUCAUCCACUGAAUACUGCCCUUGAAUUGGAAGAAACAGAGCAAAAGGGUGUUCGCCAUGCUGCACAGAGAAAGUUGCAGCAUGAGUUGGGCAUCAGACCCGAACAAGUACCCUUAGAAAAGUUUGUCUUUUUGACAAGAAUUCAUUACUUAGCUCCGUCUGACGGAACAUGGGGUGAACAUGAAGUCGAUUAUAUCUUAAUAAUUCGUACCGAUGUUGAUUUGGAAAUCAACCCUAAUGAAGUAAAAGCUAUCCAAUAUCUCUCAUUGGAUGAACUUAAAGCGAAAUUCAAGAAUCCAGGCGAUUGGAAGUUUACCCCGUGGUUCAAGUUGAUUUCUGAAAACUUACUGUUUACUUGGUGGCAAAACUUGGGUAAUUUGGAUCAAUUUAAAGAAGUAGACAUCAUCCAUAAAUUAGGGUCUUAA